AAAAAAAAAAAAAAAACGAAAAAGUUGCAAUUUACGUCAGACGCGCUGAUCACGUGGACGUGGGUUCAGGCGCAGAGAAGCCAAGGUGUGUCCCAGAAAUUAGCACUAGCUAUAGCGGUCGUCGGUUGACGACUAUCAUGCCUUGCUCUACCGGUUGAUCAGUCGAGGAACAGGGAGCGGCGAAUUUAACCUUUCCCUUUGUCGUUCUUACAAUCUUCAUCUGUGUCACGGUUCAUUUUGGUUUCUGAAAUGGAAUUUAUUCUAUGGAGGUGGGAAGGAAGAAUAUCAUCGGAUCUCAAUCACAGUAGGAAGACCAGGAAAGAUGUAGGCAUGAAGACCGAUAACGUUUCAGUUUCGAAGGCAGCUUCCUUUCAGGCCAUCUUGCAGGCCGGGGGUGGGGGACACUGUGCUAUGAGAUAAUAAAGCAC